GCGGGCCGGUUGUCGAAGGCUAUGCAAUGUAUAGCUGCUACUUGUUAUUUUCCGUUUCACGCGAUGUCACCGAGAAUCCGAAACUCUGCGAGACGUAAGCGCCGAGCUACUCACGCAUGAUCCGGUUUUACGGGGUGAGCCAAGAGACCUUCAAGAGUCAACAAGACCCCUCCUUUUGGAUAGUAUCAUUUCCCAGCGUCGCCUAACUUGCAGUAAUGAGUAACCACAGCAGAAACGACAACAGUGCGACUAAUGUAUAAAAGGACAAUGCAGUGGUUCUUAACAAGCACAGUCAGUUCUCUCAGUUUCCAGUCUCAGCUUCUCUCUCUGAAAUCUCAAUUUACUUUAUACGUAUCGUCAUGUCUUUCUCGAUGCUUACUUUGAUCGGUGCUACUGUUUUGAUGGCACUCAUCGGCUCAUCACUUUCGUACUCGGAUACUUAUUCCAACACCCCGAGUUACUCUUACGCCUACCAAAUUUUGGACACUUACUCCGGCCAGGAUUUCGGGCACGAAGAGGCCAGCAAAUCUGGCAAAGUGAACGGUGAAUACCGUGUUCUUCUACCUGACGAUCGCCUUCAAGUUGUUAGCUACUCUGCCGAUCAAAAUGGUUACGUUGCCGACGUCCAAUAUGCCGAUGGAUCAUCCAGUCCAGCUUAUGGCAAGGCUGCUGGCGGUUAUUCAUCGGGUGGUGCUUCCGUCAAGACCUCGUCGUUCUUCAAUCCACCAACUACUUCUGGCAAUAGUGGAUACUCAGUCAACAAUGGUGGAUACCAAUACGGCGGAGCUUCAUCAAUGGGAAAGAGUUACGGUGCUGGUGCUGGAAGCUACAACAACAAUUAUCAGAGCGGUGCUGGAGUGAUGGCUGGCCAGGGAUCGAUGUUCCAGCAAACUGCCUUUAAAUCCGGUUGCGUUUGCCAGUGCCCAGCAUAGAUAUAGCAUAGUGCCCUGCCCAAUUUCAAAUUAACCUUACAUAAUUGCGACUUCGCUCAUAUUUAUGCAAAACAAAAAUGCUAGAUAAUAUAAUUAUUUAUUUGACUGCCGCUCUAAAAUUUUGUAGCUAAGGAUAUAUUGUUCUUUCUUAUAUUAAUGACGUGUGGCUUAAAUAAAACAUGCGGAUCC